AUGGAAGAUAUAGAAAAAGCCGAACAGUUCUCACAGACCCCUGUCGCAGAGACCCCCAAUUCGGCUUACCUUGAGAAGGACCAGGAAUACUUUGACGCAGACCAGAAGCCUGAUUUGUCUGCGCAGGACGUCGGGCAAGUUGUCGACAAGACUAAUACUAACACCGGUCGAGAGACCCUCCUUGGGGAUGAAACAUACCCGGAAGGAGGGCUAGAGGCAUGGACUGUCGUCUUUGGAUCAUGGUGCGGCCUUCUCGCAUCUUUGGGGCUGAUGAAUAGCAUUGCAACGCUUCAGACGUAUAUUGCAACGCAUCAGCUCUCCAACUACGAUGAGGGUACGGUUGGGUGGAUUUUUUCAUUGUAUACGGCGUUGUGUUUUCUCUGCGGCGUGUAUAUCGGACCGCUUUUUGAUAAAUACGGGCCUAGAUGGCUGGUUGGACCUGGUGGUAUAAUUGUCGUCGUAAGUGUUAUGCUUAUGAGCAUCUGUACAGAGUAUUGGCAUUUCAUGCUUAGCUGGGGCAUACUUAAUGGAAUUGCAACAUCAUUUCUAUUUACUCCCUGUCUCACAGCUAUUGGACACUUUUUUCAUGAUCGCCGCGGAUUUGCUUCCGGGCUCGCAAGCACAGGUGGCGGCGUCGGUGGUGUAAUCUUCCCGUUACUAAUGCAGAGUCUCUUCGACAAGGUGGGAUGGGGAUGGACGCUCCGCAUCCUAGGUUUCAUUUGCCUUUUCCUGCUCACAUUUGCUGGUCUUUUAGUGAAGAGGCGGUUGCCUCCGGCUCAGAACGCGAGCCCGCACCCGGACUUUCGCAUCUUGAAGGAGAAGGCGUUCCUGCUCCUUACCGUCGCCGUCUUCUUCCUGGAGUUCGGGCUCCUCAUCCCGCUCGGCUAUAUCUCGAGCUACGCGCUCGCGAACGGGUUUAGCGAGGACUUUUCCUUCCAGAUCCUGCCUAUUCUUAAUGCGGCGUCGGUGUUUGGGCGUGCGUUGCCCGGCUGGUGGGCGGAUAAGAUCGGUCCUUUCAACACGAAUAUGAUUUCCCUCUGCGGCACGAUCAUCGCUUGUUAUGUAGUGUGGUUGCCGUUCGGGCACACGACCCCGGGUCUCGUUUUAUUUGCUGUCAUGUUUGGGUUUUCGACUGGCAACAAUAUCAGUAUCACACCGGUGUGCGUAGGAAGGUUAUGCCAAACGCAGCACUACGGUAGAUAUUAUGCCACCUGCUAUACUAUCGUUUCCAUUGCCGUCCUGCUUGGCCUUCCCGUUGCAGGUACCAUCGUCAAGGCUACUGGCGGUAAUUACUGGGGUCUUAUCUUAUUUACAGGGCUUACUCAGCUCAUCUCUGUCGUCGCGAUGUACGCGGCCAGGGCCGAGAAAGUGGGAUGGGCACUUCGGGCUAACUUCUAG